CUGCCCUCACCUAAUAUGGCUGGCCAGAGAGCUGGUCACGUGGGCACGGGCCUGUUUCCCCCCCCCUCCCGCCUGCCGUCCUCUUCUGCCGGUGCCCUCUGCGGGGCGGCCACGUGGACGCCCGGGCGAAUAUACGUGAAUUUCAAACCCAGUAUGGCUCAGAAGAGGAGCUCGAGUGGGCGGUCGUUCCCAUUGCUGCUGCUGAUUAUUGUUGUGGCCUUUGUUCAUUUAACUGUCUGUCCUUUUACAAAAGUGGAGGAAAGCUUUAACCUACAAGCUAUCCAUGAUGUGGUGUACCACCAACUGGACUUGGAUAAGUAUGACCAUCAUGAAUUUCCUGGAGUUGUCCCAAGAACGUUCCUUGGACCAAUUUUUAUUGCUGCUCUUUCCAGCCCAGCUAUAUAUGUACUUUCUGUGCUAAGAAUGUCCAAGUUCUACUCGCAGCUGAUAGUCCGAGGAAGCUUGGGGCUCAGUGUGAUUUACACAUUAUGGAAGUUGCAGAAAGAAGUUAGAAAGCAGUUUGGAGCAACUACAUCAACAGUCUUCUGUCUCAUCACUGUUACUCAGUUUCAUUUGAUGUUUUACUGUACACGAACCCUCCCUAAUGUGUUUGCACUCCCUUUUGUGCUCCUGGCAUUGACGUUUUGGAUACAGCAAAAGCAAAGGCCAUUCAUUUGGUUCUCAGCUUUGGCAAUUAUAGUCUUCAGAUCAGAGCUCUGCAUCUUCUUAGGCCUCAUGCUCCUGGUGACGUUAUUAACUAAAAGAAUCUCCAUAUUCAAGGUGCUUUCCCAUGCUGUUCCUGCUGGAAUUUUUUGGUUGGGGCUAACAGUUGCUGUGGAUUCUCUAUUUUGGAGGCAACUUGUGUGGCCAGAGGGGAAAGUGCUCUGGUAUAACACAAUUUUGAACAGAAGUUCCAACUGGGGAACCUCCCCCUUCUUGUGGUAUUUCUAUUCAGCCCUGCCUCGUGCUUUGGGAUGCAGCAUUGUAUUUGUACCUUUAGGUGUAGCAGAAAAGAGAACUCGGAUACUACUUUUGCCAGCACUGGGCUUUAUUUUCUUGUAUUCAUUUCUCCCACACAAAGAGCUGCGUUUUAUCAUAUAUACUUUCCCUGUCUUCAACAUAGUGGCUGCUAAAAUGUGCUCACGAAUUCUGAAUAACUACCGGAAAUCUUGGCUGUACAAACUUGGAUCUUUCUUUGUUAUAAUGCAUCUUCUAGUUAAUGCUGCUUAUUCAGCAACAUCUUUAUAUGUUUCACAUUUCAAUUAUCCUGGAGGAGUGGCAAUUCAGAAGUUGCAUGAGUUGGUACCUUCAACAGCAGAUGUCUCUGUUCAUAUUGAUGUGGCUGCAGCACAAACAGGAGUUUCUCGGUUUCUAGAAAUCAAUUCAGAUUGGAGGUAUGACAAAAGAGAAGAUGUUAAACCAGGAGACCAGUUGAUGUUUUCUUACACUCACAUACUGAUGGAAACAAACCCUCUUCAGAUAUCACAUUACAAGACAACCCACAGGCCACUGGCAAAUAUACCUGGCAUCAGUAAAAUUGGGUUGAACCUUACUGCACUACCUCCUUUUACUUUAAAUUUGAAACCAAAAUUAGUACUGUUGGAAAAACUUCCUCUAUCAUCUUGACUGUGAAUUUUAAGUAAGUCUUUUGAUGUAAUUUUGCUGAUGACUGAAUAAUCUAAGACAGCAGCAAACUGUCAUUCCAGCACUGCAAUUCAACUUCUGUGGAAAGGCACGGAAAAUCUUUGUACUGAAUGGUAUUUAGCUCCAUCCUGUUUCUUACAUAAAUAUUACAACGCAUUCCUAGUCAAUAUAUACUCUAAUACUGAGUUGUAUUGUUAGAUAUGUUUGAGAGAGGCUACCUACAAGUUUAGUGGUAUUAAGUAAAACCUGUCUACUUGGUUUGGGUAGCUGUUUCAUCAUGUAGUGCAGGUAUGUCCUAAUUGUCCUAUAUAAGAUACAUAAUGGAACAGGUUUGUGCUACAGCAAUAGUUUGAUAUGUAAUCUAUGUGUGCAAAGAUGUAUUACUUGAUGUAUCUGCAGGAUUGUAACCCCUUCAGUUGUCAGAUUGCCUCUGUGAAACUUAAUGAUGUUAUCAACAUAGGAAAGCCACAGUCAUUGUAGCUUCAUCACAAUACCUAAUUGUGCCCUGUAGGCUACCAAGCUAAUUAAAGUGAAAGAUUCACUUAAAAAGCAGUUGGACCUUUUGACGAGCACUAUCUCAUAACAGAUUUGAGCAUUAAAGGAUGGUUAUCUUUAUUCCAGCACUUCAUGAAUAAGCAGCAACUUGGAUUUCACAUGAAAAAGAAUUUUAAAAAUAAUGUUCCCCUCUUCUGCUGUAAUGAUAUUAAUUUGCAGUGCAAAAAUUUACCUAUGAAAAUAUUCACUUGAAUACACUUUUAAGAAGAUAGGUGCUGUUUUCCUUUCUUUAUUUAGUAGUCCAUUUGGAAAGGAAUAAUCUAAUAUGCCAUGGGUUGCAUUCUAUAAACUAGAAUAAGAUAGCAUGUUCUGUAGUCUCCUUUAUUAGAUGUUUUUGUUAAGGAUGUCUGCCUAGAUUGGUGAAUGAAACAAGUUCAGGGGUAAACUAAGGAAAAAAAGUUAGAAUUUUGGUUAGGGCCAGUUGUAAUGUGACAGGAGCUCCAUUAGUGUAAAAAAUCAGUAUUGCUGAAACAGUCAUAGGCAGAAAACUAUUCCUUGCUGACUGAAAACUCGAGUAAAAAUCCUUAUUGAAUAAAGUGGUUUGGGUUUUGGGGGUUUUUUUAAAGUGUGCUUCAUUCAGGAACUACCUUUACCCAUGUAUGUUUCAGUUUUUAGGACCAUGUUUUCUUUUUAUCCUUCAGAUGAUGUAUCAGAGGAACUGAUCUGGUGGGGUGGAACCUGCUCCCCCCCCCCCGUGGGUGGCUGUUGCUGCUGCGCAUGCUUCCUCAGGCUGAGCAGAUCUGGCAAAGGCAACCUGCAGAACUUGUUGGUCCAGUCUCUGGUUGCUCUUGAAAUUGAAAUCACUCAAGUAUUAUCUACUUGACUUGUCUUUGGACAAAAAUUCAGCUUCCUCUACAGCCAAUUUGAAUAUCAAACAAUUCACGAGACAGAAGGAAGUACAUGUGCAAAUUGAGAAUUUGGAACAAUACAAAGGAAAACUUCUGAGUGAGGAUGUAGGCCCUUACAUUAAGCCUAAUCAUUGACUUUAUGUAACUCCCCACACACUGUAAUCCACAGUUUGAGAACCUGAACUAAAAUUUAUCCUGCCCAAGCAUGGACAAAUGUCUGCAAUAGUGAAGUUAGGUGUGUAGUUACUCCAGCUUUCCAAAUCCCUGGUUGUCAGACUCCCUCUGCAGAAAGUUGCUUCUGUUAACUACAGAGGAAACCUAGGACUAUUAUGCUUGCAGCAUCGGCAUAUCAAGCUAAUGCCUGAAGUGGCACUGAGUACGUGGACAUGAGGCAUUUGAAGAGUUUAAUCUUGCUGAAUGUCAGCCAUGUGGCUGAUUGGAACCUUCCACAGACUUUGGUUCUGGUGUCUGGGUGCUACCUGUUGGACUGACUGACUUUUACACCAGCGAUGGUGUUCAGCUGUGGUAGUGUGUACUACUGCUCACAGCCUCACUGCUGAUGAAAAUAGAAGCCAUCAGCUCAAAUUGGCCUGUUUAGUGUAUUUGCUUGGGGUAGAGAAAGGUAAAAUACAUAGAAAGAGGCAGGAAAGAGAUCCUGGAUUGCAGUUUUGAACAGUGUCUGAAGUUUGUUUAGUUCCCGUUGCAUCUUGCUCUGCAUAUAUGGUUCUUGAAAAGUGCCAAGUUUAAGAUCUGCAACCUGUUUGGGUUUGUAGACGGAGGAAUAGAUCACGACCCGUGCAGUGCAUGCAGCACCAUAGCACCAGUGGCUGUAUGACGUCUGUGACAGCACGGGUAACCCCUCUGACAUAAUAUUUAUGGUCUAUGGUAGCCCACACCUGGAAUAAGAAGGGGCAGCUGUCAAACUGGGAUGAAGAUUACUGCAGUUUUUCCCCCCAACGAUUGCUUUCAAUAAACAAACAGUCCUUGGAAUAAAACUAAAGCCAUCUCCUUCCUCUUAAAUGAAUCUUCUUGUCUCCAAGGCCUGUGUUGUCUGUCUUUAGCUCCACAAGAAACGUAGAGCUUAUUUUCUCCUUUAAUAUAGAUUAACAUUCAGUGUAUUUAUUUGCAUGGAAGAAACAAAGUGUGGGUUUAACUUCCCUUAGAUGUAAGAGGGCACUAAGGAAGUCUCGCCCCUUCUAUAAAGUUGAAGUGGGGCAUUACAAAUUCUUCUGCAUUUGGGGGGUGGGGGCAUAGGGGGAAGCCUCAAGUUACUGCAUGAACGGUGCAAGUAAGGGAGACACCAUGAAAACUUAUUUGGUGGAAGUCUGAAGGGACUUUAAAGUCAUACAUUUCUCAUGACUAUUCAGGUUCUUAAAAGAAAAAUUCCUUUUGUCUUGACUGAUUACAAACAACCCUAGCUUAGAAUAUAGCUUUUCUUAAUAAAAACAGAAAUAGGGUGAGCAUAUUCAAAUAAUUGAGGGCUGAAUUAACCUGAAUAAAGCAAAAGACAUAGAAGAGUCCAUCCAUAAAUUGUUACAUCUAUGACAUUUAAACACAGAAUGCAGUUGUAAAUAAAAUGCAUUUAACAUGUAUAA